GAUCCUCCACAGGUAUGCUUUCUGCUCUCUCCUUCACAUCAUUUUAAUAUUCAAAGUGAACUCUACCAGUGCUGAAUGUGAAUACAGAUCUCCAUGACUGAACAGGUUUUCAGCAUGCCAUGGAAAUCACACAUUUCACUUUCAAUCCAAAGGAGGGGAUUGAUAAUCCAGCUCUGGUGAUCUCUGAUGACCCUGAGCCUGAUCGCAGCCUGGUGCCCAGACUGUGUCAGCUGAGACGAGUAGAGGAGCAAAGCUAUGGUUUCUACCUGAGGACAGACCGCAGCGGUGGGAGCCUCGAGGUUAGAAAUGUGCAGCCAUGGAGUCCUGCAGAGCACGGAGGCCUCCGAGAAGGAGACAGAGUGCUGGAGGUCAAUGAGGAAUAUGUGGGAAACAUGGACUUUAACAAAGUGGUGAGGAAGAUCCAGGCAUGUGGUAUUCACCUGUUCCUCUUGGUGUUGGGGAAUGAUGAGUAUGAACAGCUUCUGUCCCUUGGCGUGGACUUGCAGACAAUUGUUAAAGAAUCAAAGGGAGACAGCUGGUCCAAACCCAGACUAUGUCACAUCAGCAGAGACCCUGAGCUUGGUCUGGGGAUGUCUGUGGUCUCAGCUGAAGGUCAGAGAGGUCAGUUCUCUGUCAGCACCGUGUCUGAUGGUCCGGCAGAGAGGGCAGGGGUGAGAACCGGAGACAGACUGAUCUGGAUCAAUGGAGUCAUGACGUCAACUCUCACACACUCAUCUCUGAGCAGAACUGUGAAGAAGGGCGGGGCCUCAGUUACAGUUGUGGUCAUUGAUGGUGACAGUGAGAGCUGUUAUAUAAGGAGAAAGGUACCCAUCCUGCCUGUGCUGUCAGAGUGCUGCAGCCUCCCUUUCACUGCCAAAACCAUGAGUCUGCAGAAAGGAUGGGACGGCUAUGGCUUCCUGUUGAGACAGGAGAGACUGGCAGGAAGCCGACGGAUUGUCCAUGUGCUGAGAGAGGUGGAUGCUGGGAGUCCUGCAGAGGGGGCAGGGAUGGAGGAUGGAGACCUGCUGCUGGCUGUAAAUGGGGAGCAUGUGGAGUCUGCAGAGCAUGAGGACAUCGUAAAAAAGAUCAGACAGAAGGGUGAUAGUGUCGUCCUCACAACAGUCUCUAUAACUGGGAGAGAGUUUUACAGACAGCUCGGUGUUUCUCCUCUCUUCUUCCACCAUGAAUUUAUCAACUGGGAUGACAAACAGCAGAGGAUCUUACCCUGCCCCAAGCGCCAUGGGACCACUGUGAGAGAGAACAAUCAGAAGACGGGUUCAGGUGUGCACUUCAAGAGCGUCGUUGAUCCUGCUUUAAUCACUCAGCAGCCAGUGAGAACAGGUGACGCCUUCUUAUGAUGAAGAUACAAACAUGAAUGAUCAGAAGCGUCAGCACACAAUUUCAUCAAAUACAUAAUUUUGCAAUCAACAAAAUACUGUAGUGUUAAAUAAUGCCAGUGUUUUUUGUUGAAAUUAAGCCAUCUACCAGACUUCUUUUAACCCUGCACACCCCUAGAAAGACAUAAUAUAUGAAUAUAAAGCUUACAAUAACAGAUUAUUGUGAUAGAUGUUUGUUGUAUGUUUUUGAAAAAAUUCUUAUAUAUUUUAAAAUUUAAGCUGUGAAAUAUCCAAUAAACAUUUAGCACUCCACAUAGCUGCCUUGUAAAUCCAGAUUGUAUAUUUAAAUAUUUGUUUCUUGUUUUGUUAGACUGAUAUAAUACACCACAGUGCAAACGAUGGAUGUUUGUUUUUUAUAUAAUGUUUUUGUGUUGAUUUUCCCCAUAUUCAUCUUGUCAUGAAAAAAAUAUAUUUUGUUUUUAUGUGUUUGUGAAUGGGAGGAAGCUCAAACUGAAGUAAAAUAAAGUCUAACUGCAUGUAAUGUGAAUUAAGAUAAAUAUGCUUUAUUGUUUAGUUUGCUGAUUUUUAUACAAAAGAACAAUUGUUUUUAUUCAUGAUCAUUUUAUUAAGUAAUUGUUGAUUCAUUCUUUUUUUUAAUUAAAAUAAGUUUAAGCCACAUUCACCUGUCCAAAGAAACAUCAGAUUUUAAGAUGUGUAAACCAAAAAUAAGGCUUAAAUUGCUACAAAUGUAUUUUUAAAAUGUCAAUGUAUCAAGUAAAAUUUAAUUUAGGAGCUUGUAACAAGAUUUACCAGCUUUAAUGAUACUUUUCAAUUCAUGCAAUGUUUACUAAGGAUUCAUUAAUGUUGAAUUAAUAGUUAAUAGUCAUAGAUGGCAUGGUUUUUAUAAUAAAGAGUUCC